AGAACAGUGUCACAAAUCCUUCUUCGUCUUCAAGCUGCAGCCUUGAGCCACCCCCAAUCUUAGUUCUCCAAUCCACGAAACGACCACCCCUCAUUGAUUCCGAUUUGCAGUACUACCGAGACCAGGCUUCUCCAUUCCACCGCUUCAAAUCUCCGCACAACUCUAAUGAGCCACCCGUGAGGUUUUGGUUCAACGUACUUGAUAGGAUUAGAAACCAGGAAGAGAAUUGAGAUUUUAUAGUUUUCGGAAUCGCAAUGUCGGUGACGGCAGGUGUUAGUGAUACUGUGAUUGCCAUCAGGGAUAAGCUGAGAGGUAAAAUCGGACAGACGAAGGUUAAGAGGUAUUGGCCUGGAAAAGCUCCCGAGUGGGGAGACGAUGCGGAUGAGGAUGGCGACAUUAGGAUGUCCGCGGCGGCCUCGCUGGAGAAAGCCUUCCCUUCUCAGGAUUAUUCGGAUGCUGGAAGGAAAGAUGAUCCUAGGCUGCGUCGUUUGGCUGAGAGUAGGAUAGAUAAUAGGGAGGAUGUUAGGGCUGAUCAUAGGCGUAUCCGGCAAGCGGAGAUUGUUUCGACGAUUGAGGAGGAAGCCAGGGUGCAGGAAAGGAUUGAUGCUGAAGAGGAUGAUCCUGAUGCUUUAGAGGAAAGGAGGAGAAGGAUUAAGGAGAGGUUGCGUCAGAGGGAGCAAGAAGAAGCUCCACUCCUGCCCUCAGAAGAUGAGGAAGAAGAGAAGGAAGAGGAGGAGGAAGAAGAGGAAUCAGAGUAUUCAACUGACUCGGAAGAUGAGCAUGGUGGUAUGAUGAUGCUGAAGCCGGUUUUUGUUCCCAAGGCUGAGAGAGAUACCAUUGCUGAACGUGAGCGGAUUGAGGCAGAAGAAUUGGCCCUAGAGGAAGCAAGGAAGAAAAAACUGGAGGAGAGGAAGAGAGAGACAAAGCAGAUUGUGGUUGAGGAAAUCCGUAAAGAUGAAGAGAUUCAGAAGGGUAUGGAACAGGAUGCUAACAUUGCUGAUAUUGAUACUGAUGAUGAACUUAAUGAGGCAGAGGAGUAUGAAGCUUGGAAGGCAAGAGAGAUUGCCAGGAUCAAGAGGGAUAGGGAGGAGAGGGAUGCAAUGUUGAAGGAAAGGGAAGAGAUAGAGAGAGUAAGAAAUAUGACCGAGGAAGAGAGGAGGGAAUGGGAGAGAAAGAAUCCUAAACCUGCUCCGAAACCAAAGCAGAAAUGGAGGUUCAUGCAGAAAUACUAUCACAAGGGUGCUUUCUUCCAGUCUGAUGGAGAUGACCAUGCUGCCACUGUUGGAACGGAUGGGAUUUUCACUCGUGAUUUCUCUGCUCCAACUGGAGAAGAUAAAAUGGACAAAACUAUAUUGCCGAAGGUCAUGCAAGUCAAGCACUUUGGUCGUAGUGGAAGGACAAAAUGGACCCAUCUUGUCAACGAGGAUACAACUGACUGGAACAAUCCGUGGACCUACAAUGAUCCUCUUCGGGCCAAGUACAAUGCAAAAAUGGCUGGAAUGAAUGCGCCUAUAGAAAAACCCAGAGGAAGCAAGAAAUUGAAGGAUAAGAAGUAUUAUUGAGGUUGACGACCCUCUGUCUCGUCUAGGUGCUAAUAGACAGGUUUCUGUUUAAAGUUUCUUUUGGAUGAUAUACAUGCUCCAGGCGGUCAUAGUGCAUGAAUCUCCAUAUUAUAGAACUUGCUAGUCUGAGUGCAGGGGUGUAUUAAUCCUGGUCCAUAAUAGGAUUGAUGUAAACUCGAGAUUAGAUUUACAAGUGUUGAAUGAUUCCUGAAAAUUUGACCUCUGUUGUCCUAAUUAAUUUU